GAGAAUGAUGAAACAAAAGAGAAAUCAGGAGAGACAUGGAAAUCGCCUAAGCAUUCACAUACACCAGGUUCAAUUCAAGCAAAAGUUGAUGAAUUUACAAAAAACGUGCAAAAAACGUGUAGGAGAAGAAACAACACCAAUAUCACAAAUUCAUAAACAAGAAUUAGUUAAAUAUAAUUUAAAACACAAUGAUGUAUCAUUUUUACCAUCAUAUUGAUCAACUGAGUCAUCAUUUUAUCGUGAACUAGUAAAAAAUUAUCCAGAAUUACCAAAAUCAGUGUCAGAUCUUACGUUAACUGGAAAUGGUGUAGUGAUCUUCGCGACAAUGUUUUUAUUAUCAAGGAUUUACGUGAAAGUGAUACACGUUUAUUGGUAUUUGGUUCCAAAUGGGGUAUUGAAUAUUUAUCAGAAGUUGAUACGUGGCAUAUGGAUGUAUCGAUUAAAUUAUUAAAUAAUUUAAUGAAAGAAUUAAAUUCCAUGAAAAAUGAUGAUUAUAAUCUAUUAACGUUGGGUAAUUUUUUAUUAGAUUCUGGACAAUAUAAAACAGCUGAAAAUUAUUAUCAGAUAUUUUUAGAUGGAUUAUUAUUAUCAUCAACAAUUGUUGAUAGUAAUAUUAAUAAAUUAAAAGCUAUUUUCUAUAAUAACAUGGCAGUUUGUCGGUAUGAACAAAACGAUUAUAACAUUGCAUUAAAAUAUUACAAUGAAUAUAUAGAAAUAUGGAAAUCUAAUAAUGUUAAUUAUGAUAAUAAUGAUAAAAAUCAUCUGUAUAAAUCAUAUAUAGAGAAAAGUGGAAAGAAAUUAAAACAACAAAUAAUAAUAAAAUUAUUAUUAAAUAAAAAUUAUUCAUCAAGUUUAAAAAUAGUUAAUUAUCAUAAUAUAAUUAGUUUAUAA